GGAAGACUCCGGGCUGCUUAUUCCUUCCGCUCAACUGACUCGUUCAGCUCUUACUCUUACUUCUUCGAAAACCAAACACAAAGACGUCAAGAUGGUGUCGCUGGGCCGCCAAAUGCUGGGCUUCAUCCUGGCCAUCAUCGGCUUCUUAGGAACCAUCAUCGUGUGCGCCCUUCCCAUGUGGAAGGUGACGGCUUUCAUCGGCGCCAACAUCGUGACGGCGCAAGUCAUCUGGGAGGGUUUGUGGAUGAACUGCGUCACGCAGAGCACAGGCCAGAUGCAGUGCAAGAUCUACGACUCCCUGCUGGCGCUUCCUCAGGACCUCCAGGCCGCCCGGGCUCUGGUGGUCGUCGCCAUCAUCGUGGCAGCCUGCGGGGUCAUCCUGGGCAUCGCCGGAGGGAAAUGCACCAACUUUGUGGAGGAUAAGACAGCCAAAGCUAAAGUGGCGGUGGCAGCGGGCGUGGUCUUCAUCUGCGCAGGGGUCCUGGUCCUCAUCCCCGUGAGCUGGUCGGCCAACACCAUCAUCCGAGAUUUCUACAACCCCAUCUUGACCAACCCGCAGAGGAGGGAGCUGGGCGCAGCACUCUACAUCGGCUGGGGCACGGCGGCCCUGCUCCUCUUGGGCGGCGCUCUCCUGUGCAGCUCCUGCCCACCCAAGGACGGACCCGAGUACCCCGUCAAGUACUCGGGCGCCAGAUCCACAACCACCAGCCGGGCCUACGUCUGAGGACUGACCAGGAAAAGACUUUGAAGUACAAGCCAACCUCGUUUCGCGGACGACCCCCACCCCUUUGGCGGACAAGUCGAUUUUCCGGCAAAUUCUGCUCCGGUUCACAAACUAUGUUUUCUGUCGCAGCAUCUGCACGGAACAGUCAGAUGUGCUUUCUUUUUUCUUUGUGCCAAAAGAAACUAACAAGUAUGAUCCGACGCUAUUUGUACAGCCACAUAUUAUUUUAUGAAUGUUUUGCGUGGAAAAUACUCUUUCGUAAUCUUUUUUUUAUUUUUUUUUAUUACCAAUGUCACUGAUAUUUAAUAAAGCAUAUACUUAACCUGA